UCCCCAACACGUCCUCCUCCCCGGCUCUGUCCCGGACCGUCCCCAACACGUCCUCCUCCCUGGCUCUGUCCCGGACCAUCCCCAACACGUCCUCCUCCCUGGCUCUGUCCCGGACCAUCCCCAACACAUCCUCCUCCCCGGCGCUGUCUCGGUCUGUCCCUAACACCUCCUCCCCGGCUCUGUCUCGGUCUGUUCCUAACACCUCCUCCCCGGCUCUGUCUCGACCGACCCCCAACGCCUUGUCCUCUUCGGCGCUGUCUCGUUCGGUCACCACCACGUCCUCUUCCUCUGCUCUAUCUCGGCCAGUCCCCAACCCGUUGUCCUCCCCUGCUCUAUCUCGGUCCGUCUCCAACACGUCCUCCACGCCGGCUCUGUCUCGACCAGCCCUCAACACAUCCUCAGUGAGGCCGGAUGGUCUGGGGGCUGUGAAGGGGACGGUGCAGGUUCAUAAACACUCUGUCCUGAGCACUCAGAGACCCACGGGUCCAGGCGUGACAAAAACAAGCACACCUGCCUCAUUAUCCUCUCCUAAGCCACGCCCCCCACCCACUGCUUCUCCGUUAGUGCCCCCAGGAUCAAAGACGGGAGCCUCCACUCCCUUCUCUGUCCUCCUGAAAAGUGGUGGGAGUAAAGCCACCAGCGAUGACGCGGUCAUCAUCACAUCGCCUCAGACUCGACCACACAGCCUCGCGUCCAUCCCACUAAUAGUCCACAAAACCUUUCAGGCUUCUCGACUUGCCCAGAUCUCACAAAGUAAACCUUCCCCCACCCCUCAGACAGUCUCUGGUGGUCAGACACAGCCACAGUCCAACUUCAUUACCCCGAUGCACGCCACCCUCACCAAAUCCACCCACAGCAGCAUCCCUCCCAUCAUCAAACUCACCCCCCGAACCCCCAACCAGACCGUCACCACCACCACCACCUCCACCUCAGCCUCACCGUCCAUCUCUCAGACUCCUCGCUCUCAGGCCUCCCCCUCCGUUCACCAGUUUACUCCCAAAACCCCCACCGCCUUCAGGUCUCCGUUCUCAGGUGUCUCUGGAGGAGGAGGAGGAGGAGCUACAGUAGCCAAGCCGGUUCAGGGCAACUACACUCCUCCAAGCAGCCAGAAGACCCCAACCAUUAACAGCACCGCCAACACCAGCCUUAUAAACACUUCAUCUGUAAGCAAGCAUUCAGGAACCAGUGCCUCCCCCGCAGUGGCUUCUACUCCCUCAGGUCAGCGGCAAAGGACCGGAGGUGGGACACCUCAGGGGGCAAAGACGGUCGUAUCUGUUCCACAGGUCUCCACUACAGGAAGUGGCGGUCUUCUCAACUCGGCCUCAUCUCUUCCCCUGGGGUUCGGGAUGCUGGGGGGUCUGGUGCCUGUGUCACUGCCGUUCCAGUUCUCCUCCAUGAUGAACCUGCCUCAGCUCGGGACGGGAGGCUCCAGUCCGGCGACGAGCAGCUCAGCAGCCAGUAGCAACGCAGCGUUCUCCACCCUGACCCAGAAUCUGUAUAAGAGUCUCCAGUCAGGGUCUCAGGUUGCUCUGCCUCCUCACUUGCAACUCGCUUUCUCAGAUGUCAGUCAGAGCCAGGGAGGAGACAAUAAGAGGAAGACUUUAUGAUCCAGCUGGAUGUCGACGGAGCCAAACGGGAUGGGAACGCAGGUUUUAAUCAGUAGAUCCCACUUGUGACGAGUGGGCUACACCUCACAGAUCAGCUCACCACCUCAACGCCACAGUCAGAUACUUUUUGUAAAAAAAACUUGUUAAUGAAAUUUUAUAAUGUUUACAAGACAGACCUUAAUCACUGUGGACAGGGAGAAAGAAGAGAGGGUGUGUGUGAACCUGUUGGGCUGGUCAGACUGUGUGCCUUUUUGUACGUCUCCCACUGCGAUGCAUGGUCAGUGUAUCUAACUGGUGCUGUUUUUAAUCAUCAUGUAAUUAUCACUGAUACCUGUAUGACAUGAAAUUUGAGCUUUUUUUCUAUUAACUGUACAUGUUUUCAUUGUACUUGAAUUCUUGGAAAAAUCUGUUUUCUGUAUAGAACUCAAACCUACUUUUAAUUAAAAGCUCUUACAUGAAGUAAUAAAAUGCAAGUUUUAAAUACUUAAAA